AUGUCGGCGAUGAAGUCCACAAAGGCUCCCGCCGUGGAGGCCCCGUCGCACCGGAGGUCCCAGCCUGUCCGGCAGACGCGCACGAAUCCUCCUCGAAGCUGGGCGACGGCCGUCCGCCCGGGAGGCAGAGAUUCGUUGAGUGGCCCUGCCGGCGACCAACCCAUUGACAUCUUCCCUGCCAUCACCCACUUUGCCGACACCAUUACUGCCCUCCCCAAAGAACUCGUGCGACACUUCACUCUUCUCAAAGAGGUCGACGCCAAAAUUUUCGCUCCUCAAGAACAGCUUUUCAAGCUGGUCACCUCGGCGAGGACAUUCGCCGUCCCGGAAGCGCGAGCGAGCAAUGACACCCUCAACACGGCGGCGCCUGGGUUCGCACCCGUGGGCGCCCAAGGAAGCUCCAACGGAAUUGCAUUCGGCCAACAUCAGCAGCCCGUGCCUUCGACCGAAGAUGUCAACAGUGGCGUGUUCGACCCGUCCAACCUGCAACGCCGGCAGCUGUUCCGCCAAACCGCGUUCAAAAUACAAGAACUACUGGUGUCUCUGGAAGAGAAGAACCAUGUCAUUUCCACGGCGAACGAGGCUCUCCAGCGACAGCUAGCUCGAGUGGAAGACGUAUGGCCAUAUUUGGAAAACGAAUUCAGCGACGAGGCGAAAUGGGGAAGCACCACACACUGGGCCUACCCUGAAAAUCGCAACGGCAAGCCUUCGCAAGCUGAAAGAUCUAGACGCGAUGGUGCGGCCGCGAUUUCAGCAGCUGCACAAGCCAUAGCGGAACAGGCCGCCGCCCGCAGCGACGCCAGAAAGCAAGCUGUCCAAGCCAAGAAGAGCCAGAAGACUCAUAACCUCGAUUCCGAAGCCGACGACCAUGAUAGCCAAACAAAAACCAGUAGCGCCAAGAAGACAAGCUCGAGCAAAGUUCGGAAAACUGCCGAGAGCAACAAUGUUGGCUUGGGCAUCUCUACUGGAGUCUCUUCCAACAGCAAUCCUCCGCAAAAGAGGCGCAAAGUAGACAAGGAUAAGGACAAGGAAAAGGAGAAGGAGAAAGAAAGAGAAAAAGACAAGGAGAAAGACAAGGAGAAGGAGAAGGAAAGGGAAAAAGAAAAGGCUGCUGCUAGCGGGGCAGAAGCACCUCAGAUGGAGCGUGCCAUGAGCCUCGUCUUUGGAAAUAACACAUCCAAGACGAGGGCUACCACUAGCCCUCGAGAGACUCCAGCUCCGGAGGUACCCAAGAAGCGAAAAGCUUUGCCCACUAGCAGUGGUCAAUCCAAGAAGAAGAAUGCUCUAUCCGCUACCAUGUCACCCUCAGCUGCGUCGUCUCCUGUUAUGGGAACUUUGCCAGAGACAAAGACGCCGGCUAGCCGCCCAUCCCCAGUACCGACACCUGCGCCUGCACCCGUCCCACGACCAACGACAUCUCGUGCACGACAAAAUUCGAUUGCGUCAAAUUCAGAAGCCAGCAAAGCCAGACCCCCUUCUUCGGCUGCCAAAAAGACGAAUGGCAACAUUCCCAGCACGCCAGAGAUUGUUCAAACUGCAAGUUGGGUUCGCCCCAACCAUGACUCCGAAGGCAAUAAGGAGCCUAUCGUGACGGUCAAAAUUGAGCCGUCACCGAAGGAGCCAGAACAAAUGGAGGAUAAACCUGCGGCAACUCCUACUAUAGCAAUUGCUACUACAUCUUCUUCCAGUCGAAGGAAUAGCAAGGUGGAAGAGGCAGAUCGCAAGAGCGAGCCUACCCAAUCUACUCCACAGAGCACCGGUAUGGUUACAACCAAGAGCGGAAGAGCAAGCAAGCCUUCAACACCAGCUCUGCCAAGUUUCUCAGACGCCGCUGCUGCCAGACCGCGAACCACUCGAAACGUAGAGCCAGCAGGCAAUGGCAAAAAGUCUCAGAAGAAGGGCACUACUCAAGCUCUGGCUCAGCUUGUGGACGAGGACGGAAAUAGCAGUAUGCAGGGCGAUGACGGCGAUGAUGAUGCGGAUAUCGACCCGGAUGAAGCUACAUACUGCUAUUGCAAUAGUAUCAGUUAUGGUGCAAUGGUGGCGUGUGAUUCCGAUGAUUGUGCCCGCGAGUGGUUCCAUCUAGCUUGCGUAGGCCUCAAGGUCGCGCCAAGUUCAAAAACCAAAUGGUAUUGCCCAGACUGCAAGGAGCGCCUCAAAGUGGGCAGCAAAAAGAAUGGCAGCCGAUGA